AUGAUAGAAGCUCUACUUCGAAAUGAUUCACCAAUUUCAGCAACGUUACUGCCAAGUACUCAAGUAGUUGGCCCCAAAUAUUAUCCAGAAACCGGCAAUAAUCCCAAAACCAAAAUCGUGGGCGGAUAUACUCAUGGAUUUGUCGCUGCCAUUCAUCAAGCAUCAUCAACAUCUUCGUCGAAACCAGAUGAUGUAUGGUUAACUAUCGCUCAGGGUGUUAGUCAUCAUAUCAAUUCAACGCUGAAAGAUUUCGUAGUUAUUUUGUUGAAUAUGAAGGAAAACAAAGUAAUUACAAUUUUUAUUGGUGAAGUUUUAGAAUACAUUAAUAACAUUCUUGAAGACGCUGUAAAGAAAUAUUUUAGCUACAUGGUCAAGCUACAAUGUGGCAUUUCAAAAGUGGACUUUGGAAGGGUCUCUAAAAGACUGGACUCAUAUCCAAGAAAAAGUUGUAAUAUUGGUCCAGAUAUGGAUUUUUGGCUUGAUCGUCUUAAGCCGGUUAUUUGGAAAUUAGUCGACACUUCUCGCGGAGAAAUCGACGAAGAAUUUUGGAGCAAAGUGUUUCGACAGAGUACUUUAGAUCGGAUCACACAUAACAGCAUUAAUACCAGUGAGAUUACCGAAUGGAAGAGGCCAUAUAGGUCUGGACUUGACCACGAUAAAGAUGAAGAAAAUGAUGAGCCAAUGUAA